AGGCGGGGGUCGGGGCUGCGUUAAGCGGAGAGUUUAAUUGCGCAGUAAUUAACGUCUCGCUCGUCUGGCGGAGCACGGCAUGGCGGUGGUUCCCGGCCUCGGCCUCCUGUAGCGUGGGCCUGGCCUGUGCCGUGCCCUGCGCUGGCCCUGUGGUGCGGGUUUGUCCCCUCUGUCUUUGGAAUAUCGCAGGGAGAAGGGUUUUGCGGCUGCUCCUCGUGUGGCAGAGUGAGCAAAGGGAGGGGAACCCCUGCACUGGGGUUGGGUCUCCUUGGCCCUCCGGGCCUUUCCGCCUCCAGGGCACAAGGGCUGUGGCAUCUUCUAUCCUUACCACGAGCCGUGGCGGUUUUGCAGUGCCAGGAGUUGAUAUGAGCUCCCCACCCUGCUCUCCUUUCCUGCUGCAGCCCUGCAGGGCUGGACCUGAGCCAUCUCUUCCAGGGCAGCGAGCGCUCGUAGAAGAUCACAGAAUGGUUUGUGUUGGAAGGGACCUCUAAAGGCCUCCUGGUUCCACUCCCUGCAAUGAACGGGACACCCAUAGCUUCAUCAGGUGCUGAGAGCCUGAUCCUGCCUGACCUUGAAUGUCACCACGGAUGGGGCAUCCACCACCUCUCUGGACAACCUGUGCCAGUGCCUCACUGCCUUUAUUGUGGAAAAAAACCCUUCUUCCUUAUAUCCAGUCUAAAUCUCCCCUCUUUUAGUGUGAAACCAUUUCCCCUCGUCCUGUCACGACAGACCCUGCUAAAGAGUCAGUCCCCUUCACUUAGAGCCACCGCUAGAUAAUGAAAGUCCACUCUCAGAUCUGCCCAGAGCCUUCUCCAGGCUGCACAGGCCCAACUCUCUCAGCCUGUCCUCACAGGGGAGGUGUUCCAUCCCUUGGGUCAUUUUUUGUGGCCUUCCUGUGUCCAUGCUCCAACAGGCUCACUCCUGUGCUGAGGACUCCACUUCUGGUUGCAGUGCUCUGGUCGCAGGUGAGGUCUUACCAGCACUGAGUAGAGGACCACCAUUCUCUGCCCAGGAAGACAGAAUCACUCCAAAAGAAGCACUGCUGGCAGGAUGCUGGUCUCCCUGCUCUUCCCCCCGGCGAGCUGGUCUGCGCGAUGCCUCCUUCGUGACUUGCACCGGUGGGGGCUGCGUGGGCAGAAUAGAGCUGGCUGUCCCCGCAGGGGUGUGCAAACCACAUGGACAGCCAGCAGCCACCACGUCACCCCUGUCUUCACUAGGGCUUUGACUUUUGGUGACAAAAUCGCCAUCAUUGACCAAAAUGGUGAGCACACGUACAGGGAGCUUUUCUGCCGGAGCCUCCGCCUGUCCCAGGAGAUCUGUAGAGUCCUGCAGUGCUCCAGCAGGGACUUGAAGGAGGAGAGGAUCUCAUUUUUGUGCCCCAAUGAUGCCUCGUAUGUGGUUGCCCAGUGGGCUUCCUGGAUGAGCGGAGGCAUAGCAGUUCCCCUUUACAGGAAGCAUCCUGUGCAGCAACUGGAGUACGUGAUCGAGGAUUCGCAGAGCGCUCUCGUCAUCGCAGCAGAGGAAUACGUGGGGAAAAUAUCCCCUAGUGCUGAGAAGCUGGGAGUCCCAGUUCUGCCACUCGGGUCUCAUAGCAGUGGAUCUGCAGGUCAUACAGCAGUGGAAGAUGUGCCCUUGGCAUCCAGUGCUUCCUGGAAAGACAGGGGAGCCAUGAUAAUCUACACGAGUGGGACAACGGGAAGACCAAAAGGUGUCCUCAGCACCCACGAGAAUGUGCAGGCAGUGACCACAGGGCUGGUUGAAAAAUGGGAGUGGAAGAAAGAAGAUGUGAUUCUGCACGUGCUGCCUUUGCAUCAUGUCCACGGGGUGAUCAAUAAGCUGCUCUGUCCUCUCUGGGUGGGAGCGACAUGCAUCAUGCUGCCCGAAUUCAGCGCGCAGAUGGUUUGGAAGAAGUUCCUAAGCUCCCAAGCUCCCCGCGUCAGCGUCUUCAUGGCAGUGCCCACUAUCUAUGCCAAGCUGAUAGAAUACUACGACGAGCAUUUCUCUCAGCCCCAAGUGCAGGACUUCGUGCGUGCCUUUUGCCAGGAGAACAUCAGGUUGAUGGUGUCAGGCUCUGCAGCCCUGCCUGUGCCUGUCCUGAAGAAGUGGAAGGCCAUCACUGGGCACACUUUGCUGGAGAGGUAUGGGAUGACAGAGAUUGGGAUGGCGCUUUCCAACCCUUUGCAUGGAGUCCGUGUCCCAGGUUCUGUGGGGACCCCGCUGCCAGGGGUGGAGGUGCGCAUUGCCACCGAGGCGGUGAAAGGCGGUGGCCGUUCCUACACCAUCCUCGCUCAGGGAGAUGAAGACGGCACACAGAUGACUCCGGGUCUGGAAGGCCAGGAAGGGGAGCUGCUGGUCCGCGGCUCCUCGGUGUUCCGCGAGUACUGGAACAGGCCCAAAGAAACCAGAGAGGCGUUCACCUCCGAUGGAUGGUUCAGGACAGGGGACACGGCAGCCUACCACGACGGCGUUUACUGGAUCAAGGGCCGCACCUCGGUGGACAUCAUCAAGAACGGGGGCUUCAAAAUCAGCGCGCUGGAGGUGGAGCGUCAGCUGCUCGCGCACCCGCACAUCACGGACGUGGCCGUCAUCGGGCCCCCGGACGUGGUGUGGGGGCAGCGGGUCAGCGCCGUGGUGCAGCUGCGCCGGGGCGAGAUGCUGUCGGUGAAGGAGCUGAAGGAAUGGGCCAGGGACACCAUGGCCCCCUACGCCGUCCCCACCGAGCUGAUCGUGGUGGAGGAGAUCCCGCGCAACCAGAUGGGGAAGGUCAACAAGAAGGAGCUCCUGCAGCGCUUCUACCCCGCGUAAUGCGCGCAGCCCAUCCUGUGCCCCGAGGGCUCUGCGUUCCCCAGCACGGAGUAAAGCCCCCCAAAAUGAGAUGGGUGGACACGUGGCGACCGCGGGGAAGGGCAGCUCAGCAAGCAACAAUGGGGAGAGACAAGGUCAGCGGAGAAUAAAUCGCAGCGAGAGCUCUUCAUGAUCCAUCAUUCCCGACAAGCCCGGCACCCAGCGCCGGCGCCGUGACAAGAUCAUUAAUAAAGCUCCGUAGGAGCGCGAUCGAUGGCUCUGAUGGAUGAGCACAGGUAGCAAA